AUGCUGCCGGAAAUGCACGACACAAUCCUGAGCUUGUGGGGCGAGAUCCACACAACGAGCGCACGAGAACCCUUGACCAGACGACCGAACAAAGAAGGGCUCACUCCUCUGUGCGCGGCGGCAAAGUACGGGCUCGCCGACAUCUUCAACCACAUGAUCAAUUCGAUGUGUGAGACUCAGUGGAGCUUUGGGCCAGUAACUUGUGUAGUUUUGCCCCUCGACGGCCUCGACUACAUCCCCGGCGAGGAGUCUGGGGCGAUCGAGCAUAUUGUCCGGGAGGGCCAUUUGGAUUUGGUAUCGUUGCCUCUCGUCCAGGAGUUGCUUGCAAAGAAGUGGGAGGCUUUUGUUCAGGAUAUAUUCAUUCGGCGUUUCAAAUGGUCGCUGCUGCAGUCCGUGAUGUUCACGCUGAUGGUCGUUUUCGAUCCUGAGAGUGCUGAUUCGUCGUCCCUACGAGCUGUGAGUUUCGCGAUGCAUUGGGUGUGUCGGGCCGCCUUGUCUUGUUUGGCGGUCCACAAGUUGUCUAUAGAGCUCAGGGAGCUCUACACAGAAGGCUUCCAUAGGUAUUUCGGCAAGGGUGACACGGUGGCGGGUUAUUUGAGAAUGUUGCAAGUUUCAGUUUCGUGCUCACGUUUUUGGUUGCACAGCUCUUGCAGCUGUGCGAGUCGACGCUGUCAACUCCAGUCUUGGCGACGUCCGCACUGCUGUCGUGGUUUUACCUCCUCUGGUUCCUCCUGGGAUUCAGCAGCACUGGUCACCUUGUUGUGUCAAUAUGGAAGAUCGUGA